CAUGCAUGCUGCUGCCAGGUCCAGAGUGUCUCAUGGGUCCCUGUACGGCCUCCCAUUGCUGCUGUCUCCAUCGCCACACUCUGCCAUGUGCCACUUUCAGGUCUCCUCACACUGCUGGUGGGUUCCAUUUUGUCAUAGGGUGCUGGCAGAUUACGGGCCUCCCAUUGCUGCUGCCAGGCCCGUAAUCUGCCAUGGGCCCCCGUACCGCCUCCUCAUGCUGCUGCCAGGUCCAGAGUGUCUCAUGGGUCCCUGUACGGCCUCCCAUUGCUGCUGUCUCCAUCGCCACACUCUGCCAUGUGCCACUUUCAGGUCUCCUCACACUGCUGGUGGGUUCCAUUUUGUC